UGAUCCACUGGAGAAUAUAGCAUCGAGAUAGUUUAUUUGAUUUCUAGGACUAGGGUUAAUUGGUAGAGCCAUGGAUUUCCAGAAGAGGAGGGUUCAGUUGCUCCUCUUCAUCGCUGGCAUCAUUGUUCUUAGCAUCACAGCUGAAAAAUGCAGGCUGCUGGUUGGGGAGGAGGUGGCAUCCCAAAGCGGAAAGUUUACAUUCUUAAACUGCUUUGAUAUGGGCUCAGGAACUUUAGCAUGUGUUGUCAAAGAAGGAGUGAAGCUUUAUUUUUACAACAUUAGAGCUGCUCAUGUUGAAAGAGCAAGGAAUCAGGCAAUUGAGUCUGCUCUUGUUGACGGAACGUCGCAAGGAAUGUCAGCAAAAGAUUUAGCUAAAUAUGCUCAGAAAGAAGGCGCAAAGGCUGCAAAAUUGGCUUCACGCCAGACCAAGCGAAUUAUAGGCCCCAUCAUCUCUUCCGGAUGGGACUUUUUUGAAGCUAUUUACUAUGGUGGAACCAUGACGGAGGGUUUCCUUAGGGGCACUGGUACUUUGUUCGGUACUUAUGCUGGAGGUUUUCUUGGGGAGGAAAGGCUUGGAAGAUUUGGUUAUCUUGUCGGAAGUCACAUGGGCAGUUGGGUUGGCGGUAGAAUAGGAUUAAUGUUAUACGAUGUGGUUAAUGGAGUGCAUUUCAUGUUGAAUUUUGUUCAAUCGGUUCGCACUGAAGUUCAAGAUACUUUGGAUCAUCAAAGUUCUGAAGCACCCAAGAGUUCCUUUUUUGACGAAACCCCUGUUUAUGACAAGUUUGAAGGCUCUGACGAGCCCAGUGUUUUUGAAUCCCCUCCUGCCGAAGAAUCAAAUGCCUACGAAUCUCCUGCCUAUCAGAGCUCUGAAACGUCUGAAAAUUCUGAGCUCUGAUGAAAUUUUUUCGUCGCAUCAUCUGCUCAAAUAAUAAUUCGACGCACGAUGUGUAUGUAUGAAACCUUCUGUGUAUUUAUUUGUAACUCCUAAAGUUUCGUAACAUAUACCCAAUUCUUAAUUUACGAAAGAUUAUAAUUUUAGUCUUUAUGAUUGUAGUUUCACUCUAGCAACUAAUGAGGAGUCCACAUGAGCACUUCUCUUGGUUAACUCAUGAAAAGAGUGACUUGUUACCUGGGAGAGUUUUUAUAUUAUAUAUGAAUUUUUAUUUGGUUUGCGUAA